AUGCGCGCCCCUCGGUCAGCGUCCAUCUCGUCAGAGGUCGGCUGGGCGAACAUCGUGCCAGCCAAAGCCACCAAGUUCAAGCUUUACCAGUGGUCCAAGGCUGGAGGCCAGCAGGUGCUGGGCAAACUGUGCCUCGUCCUGCUCGUGAUUGACGUGAUCAGCAACAACUGGGCCAUCAUCGACUACGUCGGGGACGCCAAGCACCUGCUCACCCCCAUGCUGGACCUCAACACCCCCGAAGCCAUGUUGGAUCACACGGACCUCCGCCUCACGACCCCCCUCGUCCUCCCCCCGCCCGGCCAAGUGACGACGGGAUCCGUCUUCAUGUACCGGUACUUCUUGAAAGCGUUUUGCUCGGGGUGCGUGCCUAUCACGGAGCUCGGGCUGGACACUUGUGUGAUCGAGUAUACGUACAACGAAAACGCCAAGUCGCUUGAAAUUACAACCAGCAAAGCCAUUAUGGGCGGCAGUCACGAGCUAGGGAUCAUUAUUCAGCGUCGAGGGGGUCCAAUUGCAGCCCUGUAUAUUCGGUUUUCAACGCUCCUGCUUCUCUUUGGCGUGUACGCUGCCAGUCAAAAGACCGUCCAGUGGAUGGACUUUACCCAGCAAACGCUGCCCCAACGCCUCCUUCGGUUGAUCGCCCCCCCUCUGUACCGCCAGCCCUGUACCGCGAUUGGCCUGAGUGACAUUUGCUUCAACAGCGACAUCUUUGUCGUGCUCUAUACGCUAACAGUGCUCUUGGAUGAAGAGAUCAGCAUGAUCUAUUCCAGGAUACUCAAUCGGUGGUACGCCAACAGCGGGUUUGACCUGUGGAUCGAGCUGCGUCUCAUGUCUAUGACCGUGCGGUGGCUGUGGCUCAACUGCUUCCUGCUCAAAGCCGCCAAGUGGAUGUGCCACUUUGUGAGCAUGGCGCAGUACACGGGCACCAACACGGUCAUGGGGUGGCUUAACUUUAGCUCAGUCACGUGGAUGUACCUGAGCGUGCUGCUGCUGUUUGAAAGGAACGCGUUCGUCGAAUUUGGCAACUCGGUGAUCGUCGACUUGCACUCGACGACCCAAAACUUGGACGCCACCUACGUUUUCUUCUUUGAGAGCUGGUACGUUCGGGCGUUGCCUACGCUCGCGGCGGGAGUCAUCGGCAACUUGGCUGGUCUCCUGGCGCUAGACCACAUUGUCAAUCGAAAGUUGUGGCGAUCUCUGGCCCGCAACUCGCUCGGCCGCCAACUUGUAUUCAACUCCACGUCCAUCUUGUCCGAAAUCCGAGGCGCCGUGGUCGACAAGCCUGGCUACGGGGGCACGUGUGUGGACAUGAAGAUCCGCGCCUGGUGCACGCUUCGCUGGUUCCUGGCAAGCCAUUUGACCUCCUUUGGGCUGCCAGAACAGCCGCAUGUGAUGCGCGCCCUGGCCGCCGCCACGUACAAGUCCAAGUCCCCCCACCCCCACCGGGCGAAUAGGGACAACAAGUCAGCCACAGAAGACGUCGAGGAAUCUCAGCGUUCCACGGCAACCACUGGCCCGCGAAUUGUGCCCGAUAUGGACGACACCUCAAGGACCGAGACGAUGUCGUCGAGCUCGGAAUUGCACGUCGUGGUGCAAGAUCGAGAAGGCCACAUGCAUGUGAUCAACGCUGAGAAGCGCGAGAUGCAGGCGCUGGCCGUGGAAGUCAAGAUUCUCCGCGAUACCAACAUCCUCUUGGGGUGACCUUCCCACUUCCAUACAUACCCACAGUAUAGUAAUACUAGUACACAUUGC